AUCAACAUGGCUCUUACCUAUCCGCCCAAGCCUUUGGAGACAGGUGCUAAAUUCACAAGCAUCCUCCACGGUGAUACUUACCCCGCUAUCACACCCGCACAACAUGCAGACCUCAGCAACCGCAUCGUCUUCAUUACAGGCGCCUCGCGCGGCAUCGGCCUCGCUACAGCCAAGGCAUGUGCCGCCGCUGGCUGCACACAACUUGCCCUAGCCGCGAAUGAUGGUAUCGCGGACAUUAAAGAGGUCGUCAGGGCAGCAGCGCCCGAAAGCACGCGCGAAUCACUCGAGAUUCUAACGCUGGACGUUGACGUGCGGGAAGAGGCGAGUGUUGGCGCGGCAGCGGCGGCAAUAGAAAAGGCGUUCGGCGGCUUGGACGUGCUUGUGAACAAUGCUGGCUACAUGGAAUCGGGCAAGCCGCUCGCAGAGAGCGACCCGGAUGACUGGUGGAAGACCUGGGAGGUCAAUGUGCGGGGCAACUAUCUUGUGACGAGGGCCAUGCUGCCACUGCUGCUGAAGAGAGGCGACGAGGGGCUGAAAACGAUCGUGAAUCUAGGCUCGAGUGGCGCGCUCUCCUACCGUCCAGGUGGGAGCUCUUAUCGGUCGAGCAAAUGGGCGAUUUUCAAACUCACUGAGUAUGUGAUGGCGGAGUAUGCGGACAAGGGCAUUUUGUGCUACACAAUCCAUCCUGGAGGGAUUUUGACGGAGAUGGCGAAGAGAAUGCCAGAAGAGGUGCAUAGUGCUUUGAGUGAUAAACCGGAGCUGGCGGGUGAUACGAUUGUCUUUUUGUCUCACAAGCGACGAGAAUGGUUGGCAGGCCGGUACAUCAGCUGCAGGUGGGACAUGCCAGAGUUCCUGGCAAGGGAGAAAGAAAUCGUGGAUGGUGACAAGCUGAAACUUAAAUUGGUUGUAUAAAUUUAAGUUUCAAGUUGCAUCGCUCACGGAUUAAUCGCUCACGGAUUAAUGCAUGCUUCAAGAACAGUUUUGAUUACGGCACUAUUAGCGCUCAUCCGCAUAUCUUAAGAAUCCCAUCUCCAGAAUUUAAGUCUACCAAAGGCCUUGCUGCGGUCGUUUAAGCUGUUA